GGACAUUUUCCCCAAUAAAUUGGCGUGCCCCGCCUUGCGGCUGAUUGUGGACAUGACCCUGUCCAACAUCGAGUCGCUGCCAGGGUUCAAACAGGACAGGCUCGCCGUUAUUAAGGCUCUGGGUAAGUGCGCGAGUGGUGGUGGAUGAAUAGAAAUAAUGUGCUAAAUUUGAUUUUAUUUUUCCAAGGGUAUUUUUAUUUCAGAAGUGGUCUCCAUAUAUUUUGUAAGGGAUUCAAUUUUUUUUAAAAAUGAAAUGGUGUGGUCGGGUCCAUUACCACAUAAGCAAAGACCCUGCUCAAUGUAUGGGGGAGGAAAUAACAUAUGGUGCGGUGAUAGAAAAUGAAGGUUGGAGAAUCCGAAGAAAACCAAGAGAUAGAUCAAUUGUACAAAGAACCACCCAGAGACGCAACAAUUGUGCUGGAUAGGACAGAGUGAGAGGAUGCCAGAUGUUAGAGCAGCAUACGUGAUCUGCAUGGAGAAACCUAGGGGCUGACGCUAACCGGUCGGCAAAGACUGACAUGGAUCGACAAUGUGGAGAAGGACCUAAACCAGCGGGGCUUCGCGCGUGGAGGUUGGAAAGCGAUGAAUUGAUCCGAAUUGAAAGAUGUGGUGGAGUGGGCCGAGGCUCUACAUGAAUUGCGUGCCACUGAUGAUGAUGUAGUUGUGUAAAGUUGUCUGUCAUGUUACUUUUCGUGUGAUACAACAAAACAUCUUAGCUCACAAAACGAUGGCAAGAAUAUUUUUUUUGUGGGCAUAUGUCAAAUGCGAAAUACAAAUUUCGAAAACGGAAAUCAAAAGAUGUUUUUUUAAAUUUCAAUUUUAUAAUUUUUUUUUUGUUUUUAUUUUAGAUUAUUCUAAUUUGAAUUUAUUGUAAAAAAAAUAAUAAUAAUAGAUAAACAUUUACCGUAUUUUUUCAUAUAUAAGACGCGUCUGAUAACAAGUUUACGUACUCCGCACCUUGGGGGCGUCUUAUUAUUAUUAUUAUUAUUAUUUAGGCAGUUUUGUAUAGCUCUUACCUAUCAGCUCUAAGCGCUUUAAAAUUAUUUAAAAAAAUGUUAACUAUUUCAACUGCUAAAGCAAAAUAAAAAUGAAAAACCAGAGACAGUAGAAUAGUAACUGCAAGGUGGAAAAUGGCUAUAGAAACAGUAGCUAAAACUGCGGGUGUCUUUGCGGUCCUGUUUCAGACAAUGCCUUAAUCUACCGGUAAACUGAAAAUGGUAAUGAUGCCUUGUUUACAUCCGACGGGCGAUGAAACAUUUGAAACGUUGUCAUUUUUGGUAAGGGAAAGGAAACUUCCGGAUAUUAAUGGAUCCGUGAGACAGAUGACGUCAUAAGUAAUUUUUGUUUACACAAAUCGUCAAAACUAUUGACUGAUAUAUGGGUGUGUCUUUUGUAAAAUAAAUUUUACACAAAACGUCAAACUCCGCUUCUGUUAUACGCGUGCUUCUUACAAUUAUGUGUGUCUUAUGAUUAGGUGUGUCUUAUAAUUUGGUGUGUCUUAUGAUUAGGUGUGUCUUAUGAUUAGGUGUGUCUUAUGAUUAGGUGUGUCUUAUGAUUAGGUGUGUCUUAUGAUUAGGUGUGUCUUAUGAUUAGGUGUGUCUUAUGACUAUGUGUGUCUUACAAUUAGGUGUGUCUUAUGAUUAGGUGUGUCAUAUGAUUAGGUGUGUCGUAUGAUUACGUGUGUCUUAUGAUUAGGUGUGUUUUAUGAUUAGGUGUGUCUUAUGAUUAGGUGUGUCUUAUGAUUAGGUGUGUCUUAUGAUUAGGUGUGUCUUAUGAUUAAGUGCGUCUUACAAUUAGGUGUCUUAUGAUUAGGUGUGUCUUAUAAUUAGGUGUGUCUCAUGAUUAGGUGUGUCUUAUAAUUAGGUGUGUCUUAUGAUUAGGUGUGUCUUAUAAUUAGGUGUGUCUUAUAAUAAGAUAUAUCUUAUGAUUAGGUGUGUCUUAUAAUUAGGAGCGUCUUACAAUUGGGUGUCUUAUGAUUAGGUGUGUCUUAUGUUUAGGUGUGUCUUAUGAUUAGGUGUGUCUUCUAAAAAGAUGUGUCUUAUAAUUAGGUGUGUCUUAUGAUUAGGUGUGUCUUACAAUUAGGUGUGUCUUAUGAUUAGGUGUGUCAUAUGUUUAGGUGUGUCUUAUGAUUAGGUGUGUCUUCUAAUAAGGUGUGUCUUAUAAUUAGGUGUGUCUUAUGAUUAGGUGUGUCUUACAAUUAGGUGUGUCUUAUGAUUAGGUGUGUCAUAUGAUUAGGUGUGUCUUAUAAUUAGGUGUGUCUUAUGAUUAGGUGUGUCUUAUGAUUAGGUGUGUCUUAUAAUUAGGUGUGUCUUAUAAUUAGGUGUGUCUUAUGAUUAGGUGUGUCUUAUGAUUAGGUGUGUCUUAUAAUUAUGUGUGUCUUAUGAUUAUGUGCAUAUUUUGAUUAGGUGCGUCUUAUAAUUAGGUGCGUCUUAUAAUUAGAUGCGUCUUAUAAUUAGGUGCGUCUUAUAAUUAAGUUCGUCUUAUAAUUAGGUGCGUCUUAUGAUUAGGUGCGUUACAAUUAGGUGUGUCUUAAAUAUGCGAAAAAACGCUACGCUAUUCAUAUGGGCGAUCAAUAUUUUUUUUUUCUGGUCAAUUUUCAAAUUUGCUUUUAUGAAACGUAUUUAAGAAUAUACAGAGCUUAAGUUUACCAACUUAAUAAUGACCUGCUUUAAUUUGUAACAUUAAACUGAUUAGAUCAAUGUUGAACGCUCGUUACUUGUGAUGGCUGGAGAAGUUUUUUUUGUUUGUUUCUUUUUUUUUUUUUUUUUUAAUGCCAACAUAAUUUAACACAGGUCUGCCACAAAACACAGACAUGAAGUUUUUUUUGUUUUUUUUUUUUUUUUUUUUUUUUAAUGCCAACAUAAUUUAACACAGGUCUGCCACAAAACACAGACAUGGACUUUGCCUGUCUUCGUGACGACAUUGCUUCGAGAGUGGUAAGUUGUAUGUACGCGAUCAACAUGUCUCCACCACGUGCAAAUGCCAUGAUAAUAUAAUCAAAUACUUGUGUUGUUUCCCUUGAGUCAUUAAUUCUGUGCAAAUUGGUCAGAAGGUGGCAAUUAUAUUUUAUUUACGUGGGAGGAUUUAUCUAAAUAAAAUAAUUUUUAAUAAGAAGAUAUAUAAAAAUCUUUAAAAAAAAAAUUAAUAAUAAUGAAAAAAAAGAUAAUGUAAUAUGCACAGCAAAGGAAGGAAGCAUACACAUAAAAUAAUUAGUUUCAAAUGAAAUUUAUUGUAAACUCUAAAGUUUUAUCAAUUGAAAGAUUUGUUUUACUAGUGGCGUUUGUUUCAAUUCUUACAAUUAUGUCAUUUUAGCAUAUUAAUCGGGCAAGAAAAAUACUUUUCACCGCAAAUAGUAUUAUUUCUUUUUUACCACAUAGAAAUACCUUGCUAGUUUCUUAGUUUAGGGAAGUGUGUUGUAUUAAUUUAUGUAUGUCUUCUAGAAAUCUACCAGUUUAAUUUAUUUAAUGCUCUACCCAUUAGGCAAUCCAAUGUUUUAUAUCAAGGCAUCUGUUGUACAAAACAAUAAAAUAAUCAAUACCGUUCAGGUGAACCCGUUCAGAACGUCUUACAAUCACUAGACAACCCCCCCCCCCGAGACGGUGUGCGGGGUGGGGGUUUUACACAGUGGCGUAUGAAGGGUUGGUGUCACCCGGUUCGGCACACUCAUGGUGUAACCCCUUCCUCCUCCCGUCUUCCACUGUGGAUUUCUUCUAGUUAAAAUACUUCAACAGUAUAACAAUGAUAAGAACAAAAAAAAAUUAAAUGAAGGUCGGGAGGUAAAUUCAUUUAAGAACUGUAACAUGUACUUAGAAUCCCAUUGGGUUUCAAUGGGAAGAUUUAUUUCUCAGAAGUUAGAUAAAAAUAGCUCCUCAAACAUACGAAAGUGACCUUACACUUCAAUCGGCGUUGAAUUAUGGUCAAAACGAUGUGUUUUUUUUUCUGAACUAUGGCCAAUUCAUUUCUAAAGGAAUCACCUUGAACUUUUAUUGAUGCAUGCACUUGGAUUGGUAACACGUGUGUCUAAUUUGCUGCGAUCGAUUAUCCUUUGACGAAAUUCAAAAAGUGUGCUCCGUAGAUAUGCAAUAUGGCGUCACCCCUCUGAGAUCUCCUCACCCGGUGAGGUACGCCCCCCCCCCCACACCCCCGCAACGCCCUAGUUACGCUACCGGCCUUGCUCGUUGCUACAAAAAGACAUGCUCUCGAAUGACCCGUAGGGAUGCUGAGGUGCACUGUUCGCAUCGCUGACUCCUCCGUGGUUAGGACUGAUGAUUUGCACUCUGUUCACUAAUCAAUGUAACCUGACUCCACAGACUCGUGGAUCUGUCUAACACGGGGCUUUAGUUUUUUAUUUGUUCACUAAUCAAUGUAACCUGACUCCACAGACUCAUGGGUCUGCCUACCCGGCGGCUUUGGUCCCUUUCAAGAAAAUGAUAGAAGACAACGCGGCGAAAACGCUGCACGCAGUUUACGCAGGAAAGGCGUAA